GUGCAGACCCUAUGUAGUUAUUCAACGCAAUACAUGGUGAUAAUACGCCAUCAAAGCUUUCAUCGUUACCUUCCUUUCCGAGAUGGGGAGAGGGACCAGAUCGAGCAUCAGGUUCACGGGUCACCGAUGAGUCUUUGAGGUAUAAAUAAGUCAUUUCCAUCUUCCUCUAUCUCUUCAUCCACACAGCUUCAUCUUCUAUCUUGACUUGCCUCACCAGUUCUGUACUUCUUGCACCAUGUUGUUCACCAGCCUCCUUGCACUCGCCGGCGCCGCUGCCGUUACGGCAACACCAAUUGCCCAAGUCAAGUCGGCCGUUCUUCCGUUGGCCAAGCACUCCAACGUCACCUCCAUCAAGAACAUUGUUGACAAAGGACAUGCCCGCCUCAACAAGUACAAUGGUAUCACAACCACUGACAAGCGUGCAACUGCAGUCAGCUCUGGCGCAGUCACUAACGAGGAUGUCUCCUACGUUGCCCCAGUCGUAAUUGGAGGUGCUACAUGGUCCCUCAUCGUCGAUACUGGAUCCUCCAACACUUGGUGCGGUGCUCAAUCUUCUUGCGAGAAGACUUCAACCGGUGUAGCCUCCGGUGGUACCGUCUCCGUCUCCUACGGAAGUGGUUCAUUCUCCGGAAAAGAGUACACAGACACUGUUAGCUUCGGCGGUCUUACCGUAAAGGCUCAAUCUAUUGGUGCUGCAACCAGUGCUAGUGGAUUCUCUGGCGUGGAUGGAAUUCUCGGUGUCGGUCCAGUUGAUCUUACUCAAGGUACCGUCUCUGGCCUUAGUACCGUCCCAACCUUCUUGGACAACCUCAAGAGUCAAGGCUCCAUUACAAGUGAGGUCCUUGGUGUCUACUUCAAGCCAGAAUCUGGAAGCGAUGACAACGACACUAACGGCGAGCUUACCCUCGGUGGAGUUGACACCACCAAAUACACUGGUACUCUUACCUACUUCCCCAAGGCCACAUCUGGCGAUGCUUCAUACUACUGGGGUAUCUCCAUCGCUGGAUUCACUUACGGCUCUACAUCCCUUGCAACAUCCGCCUCUGGAAUCGUUGACACCGGAACCACUUUGAUCUACAUCCCAACCGCAGCUUACAACAAGUUCCUCACUGCCGCCGGCGGUAAGACCGACAGCUCAUCUGGUCUUGCUGUCUUCACCACCAAGCCAACAUCCAACUUUGGCAUCAAGUUCGGAAGCACCACCUACACCCUUACCCCAGCACAAUACUUGGUCCCAACUGCCCAGUACUCCGAAUUCGGUCUUAGCUCCGGCAAGUACUACGCCUGGAUCAACGAUGGAGGUGCCUCCGGUGUCAACACUAUCAUUGGACAGAAGUUCUUGGAGCAAUACUACUCCGUCUUUGACACCACCAACUCCCGCAUUGGUUUCGCUACUGCCGCAUAAAGCAGCAUAGCUUUGACUUGAAGAAUGUAGCUAGAUUCUGUCAUCUAGGUAGUAUAUAGCAAAUUUACAUUCAGUCAAUAGUACUUCGUUUUGAUAUUGAUCAUGUGAUGAGUGAUUUGAAUGAUUAGAAAGUUGAAAGCCUAUAAAGUUAGAAUGAUUAGAAUGAUUAGAAAGUCUAGAAAGUUCAAAAGAUUAUACAUCUCAAAGCCUGAAAGUUUAAAAGAUUAAAUGAUUAGA